CUCACUUUUCGUUUUCACUUCACAUAGCAUCCCUGUGUCGGCUGGGGUUGUCUAUGGUGAGCUUUUACCCCUCAUCGCCCUCCGACGAAGCCUUAACAGCCAUUUUUCUCUUAGCAGCCUGGGAAGCACGAGUUCAGAUUUCUUCAAUUUUCUCAGAAGAAGAAUCAUAUGGUCACACAAUUUCCAAAAGAUCCUGAACUCAAUUCCUGAUCAAAACCCAUGCCAUGCUUUUAGAUGGAAUUGGUUCUCUAUGCAUCAUCUACCUCGGUUUUUGGGUCUCAGAAAGCAAAACAAGGGCAUGGACUCGAAUAAAGCCCGAAGAAAACCCCGGCUCGAUCGCCGCAAUGCCGUCAAGUACGCUGAGUAUGAUGCUGGGUCAUCUUCGUCGUCUCUAGACAACUCCUGUGGAUCCCUCUACACACGAUCAACGGAGUUCUGUGAUCGAACCAGCUUCCGAAUCGCGGGAGGUGAGGGUGAGGUUGAUCGCAUAUGCAGAGAUUUGGGGCUUUCAGGACCUGAAGACUUCGCCAUUCCUGCGGCGGCUUGGGAGGCUAUGAAAAUUAGCUCGUCUUCGGAUAUUACGCUAAGUUCGAAGGCGGACGAGCUAGAUGGUCAGGAGAACGAGGAAUUACAGGACGAGAGUCCAGUAGUGGGUAAAUUAGGUUACAAACUCGAAGAAAGGGUUACGGGUAGAUGUAUAGCUGAGUCAACUCAAGGCGAGCCUGCUGAGACUAGUGGGUGCUGCAUUGCUGGUGAUGGUGUUUGUGGAACCAGUGUCGGAGUAGGUAUAAAAGGAAUCCGUCCGCCGAUGUUAAACCCACCGCCUGGAGCGAGGCUACCGGUUAUUGAUAACACUUGCUCUACUUGGGAUAUUUUAAGGGAUUUAGCUCCGCAAGAUGAAAGACAACCUUCAGGAAAUGACGGGGAGUUGAACUUUUCCGAUAAUAAUGAAGUAAUACGCAGGGAAGCGGGGCGAGGAGAAGUAAAUAAAGAGGAAAAAGAAGAACCGGUAGUUGAAGGCAAGGUAAGUCCGAGAGGAGAAGAGGAUGUUAAUGCAGCAAGGAUUGCGGAGAUCGUUGCUCAGUUAUCCGCAUCGUGUUCAUUCACCACGUCAAACGAAGAUGAUUCUUCUAGCAGUUUCACGGAUCCUCCAUCGAAUAAUAUAUCUCCCAACGGAAGAUUCAGGCGCAGAAUUACGAACUGGGAAAAGGGUGAGCUUUUGGGACGUGGUUCGUUCGGAUCAGUCUAUGAAGGAAUUUCUGAAGAUGGAUUCUUUUUUGCUGUAAAGGAAGUUUCACUGCUUGAUCAAGAUGACCAGGGAAGGCAAAGUGUCUGUUGCCUGGAGCAGGAAAUUGCUCUUUUGAGUCAGUUUGAACAUGAGAAUAUAGUUCAAUACUAUGGCACAGAAAUGGAUCAAUCAAAGCUGUAUAUCUUUCUUGAGCUUGUGACUAAAGGUUCCCUUGCAAACCUUUAUCGGCGGUACAAUCUUCGAGACUCCCAAGUAUCUGCCUACACGAGACAGAUUCUACAUGGUUUAAAGUAUCUUCAUGAUCGAAAUGUGAUUCACAGGGAUAUUAAAUGUGCAAAUAUAUUGGUGGAUGCAAAUGGAUCUGUCAAGCUUGCAGAUUUUGGAUUGGCAAAGGCAACCAAAUUGAAUGAUAUCAAGUCGUGCAAGGGGACAGCAUUCUGGAUGGCACCUGAGGUUGUGAAAGGAAAAAAUCAAGGUUAUGGACUUCCGGCUGAUAUAUGGAGUCUAGGGUGCACUGUGUUGGAGAUGUUAACAGGCCAAAUUCCGUACUCUCAUUUGGAAUGUAUGCAGGCUUUGUUUAGAAUCGGAAAGGGUGAGCGUCCUCUUGUUCCUGACUCUCUUUCAAGAGAUGCACAAGAUUUUAUCCUGCAGUGCCUUCAAGUCAAUCCUGAUGAUCGUCCCACCGCUGCUCAGCUUUUAAACCAUCAAUUCGUCCAAAGGCCACUUUCCACAUUCUCUGGCCCUGCAUCUCCUUUUAUACCUGCCAGAAGGGGAUGAAUUUAGCCAGUCAUCGUAAAGUAUGAGACACCAGGCUCUGUUCAUCAUUGAAUGUUGAGAAUCAUCCUGAGUCCAUUCUUCAAUUUGCUGGAGUUGGUCUCGGAUCCAUUAUCGGUGCAAUUGCUGCUUGUGUUGUACAAUUUAGCGUCUUCCUUCUUGAGACCUAGUCAACAAUUGUUUUGGAUCAAACAAACGAAUAUGAUCCGGAGCUCCCCAAAACCAACUAAACAAGUUGCUUCUGAUAUCUUGCCUUUCCACUGAGGAGGAUCGAGCUUCUUUCUGAACCUCUUGAGUUGAGCUUUUGGUUUCUUACUUGAGCCUUGAAGGAUGCUCUGUAUGUAUUUAAGUAUCCAAUGAUGAAUAUUGACUUGUAUGCUGUUUAGCAAGGCGGUGAAUCAACUUCAAGCUGUAAAAUGUUGUGCUUGAAUUGGUUAAGGUGGUGAGAGUAUUUGUGUAUGGAUAAUAGCCCUGAGCGAUUAAUGUAUUGGCUGUAUUGAUUGUGUUAUUUGUACAUAUAUACUUUAAUAGCUAAUGCCAUUGGUAGUGUAUAUUUGUAUUUCUUCAAAGUUAUUAUUCGUCAAUCUUAUAAUUA